UCCGGCAUUUAUUCUCGCGUGCCCCAUAGCAGCGCGCGUCCUCACUUUGUAGAUGAAUUCCGCGUGUGUUUAGUGAAACUGUGUAUUAGGAUGCUUUAAAAAUGGGUGGACGAAAUGUGCUAAUAUUUGUGAUGUUAAUAGGCACCGUCAUAGCCGAUAGGAAGCCGACGAUUGCAGAAAAACUUAAGGAAGAUGCAGACCUCUCACAGUUCCUGGCGUUAUUAGAGAGCAAUGUGGUUGCAAACACAAGCCUGCAGUAUCGUCAAAUGACGUUAUUUGCGCCUACUAACGCCGCAUUCCAGAAAUACAACCGAGAAAUGGAUGACUUUCUAGUCCUAUAUCAUAUAUCAAAUCUAGCCACAACCCUGUCAAAUUUGGACUACUCAAUAUCGUCGGAACUCGACGGCAAUCCUCCCUUGUGGGUAACGAGACGACGGGACCGACUCCAUGAUGACAUUUACGUCAAUAACGCUAAAGUAGACGUGUCGAGAUCGUAUCAAGCCACCAAUAGAAACGGCAAGAGACAGGUUCUUCAUGUCAUUGAUCAAGUACUGCGACCGCUUUUACCGCAUGGACCCAGCUCUAUUGGUUCACCUGUUUACAAUCCUAAUGCAUACCAGUUCCUGGAACACUCAGAUGUCUUUGAUAUAAGUCAACAUCGUCUAAGGUCGUUCCGGCAAAAAGUUAAUCAACUGCAAAAGAAAGACGUUUUCAACGCCGACGGACGACACACUUUCUUUAUCCCCGUAGAUGAAGGAUUUAAGCCUACCACUCGUUCGGACCUAAUAGACGCGAAAGUGGUCGACGGUCACGUGAUACCGCAGCAAGUACUAUUCACACAUGCGACCCCAGAUAGCAAGGAUUUCGAAAGCAUGGCGUUUAGCGACAAUGUCAAGGUCAUCAUAUCCUUCAGCACUGCGAUGAAUGGAAAAGAGGAAUUGACUUACGUAAAGUCAAACACAGUAGCAGGAGAUACGAAGCACACCCGUGGUGUCGUUUUAGCUGAGAUUGUCAGAGCUAACAUCCCCGUGAAGAAUGGAGUCGUACACCUCAUACAGAGGCCACUUAUGGUCGUUGACACUACUGUAGUUGAUUUCUUAAAGGCUAUGAAGUCUGCAUGUGAUUCUGAGGAACAAAACGAAACACUGGGCAUUGAAAAGGAAGAUGGUCCGUUGUGUAAAUUCUACGAAGUAAUAAUGGAUUUGGGCGAAAAGAAUCAGUUCCUUAACGAACUCAACCUGGCAAAAGAUAUAACUCUGUUCGCUCCCUCCAACGAUGCUUGGAAUGAAAACAGUGUUCAGAAUAUACUCAGGGACCAUCAAAAGCUGCGAGAUAUUUUGAGUCUACAUUUGGUACGAGAGAGAUUGCCGCUCGACGUUAUUAUACAGAAUAACAUGAAUCAGCUUCCAGAAAAUAUAUAUCAAGCCCCGACAGCUUUUCCAAGAAAGUACCUAUACUUUAACGUAUUGAACGCUGGGAACAAUCAGACCUUGACUGUAGAGGGUGGUGGUGUGAAUGCUACGGUGACGCAACCGAAUAUCGCAGCCACCAAUGGCUUCGUACAUAUCAUAGACCGCGUGCUGGGCGUCCCAUAUACUACGGUGUUUGAGAAAAUGAAGACUGACCCUAUGCUAAAUGUAACCUACAAGCUCGGCAAACGACAGAUGUUCAACCACCAACUAAAUGACCUGGAGCAUCGCUACACAUACUUCGUACCACGGGACCACGCAUGGCUCAAAUUCCAAAUAAAACAUCCCUCAGCAUACAACGCCUUAUUCAAAGAAGAUUUCGGGUACUAUACCAAACAGAUAUUGGAGCGACAUCUUAUUCGUGCGGGUCGGGCUUACACUAUUUCGGACCUCAAAGUACUAGCAAAUGAAACACAUCCUUUUGUGCUGCCUACAGCGCGGGACCCACUCAGACUAAGAGUCAAGGAGUCGGACAAAAAUUACUACGUGGAAUGGAACGGACAUUGGAUACACGUAUUCCGCCCGGACGUGGAGUGCACUAAUGGCAUCAUACACGUUCUCGAUGAGCCCUUCGUUCUUGAAAGUGAUAUAAGGGCUACAGGCGACGCACGCGCAUUGACACACAGCCUCGCAGUUCUACUGAUGUCCUUCCUUUUCGUUAGAGUCAUUGAAGAGUAAAUUUAAAUUUAAUACAGCUCUGUGGUUUUAGGUUUUUUGUUAUUGUAAUCUGUGGAUAUAUACUUGUUUGACACGUGGCGUUUAAUCCAAGAAAUUAUGUAUUUCAUAAUACUUGUAAACUGAUACUUUUAACGCUCUCUUAAUCCUAGGAAAAUUUGAAACGAUUGUAAUGUUAAGGGUAUAUGUACAUUUUUGAGAAACUUAUUUAACACUAGAACGUAGGUUAAAAUAACUCGGUAAUGAACUGUAUAGCGAAUUUAUCAAUUAUUGUGGGUGUAUUCGUAAUACAGCAUUUGAUAUUAAUCCUAUUAUGAUGAAUCUCGUCUACAUGUCUAGAAGGUAAGCAUUUUAUAGUUAAAUAUUCCGAAUUUGGCAAGUAUUUCUAUAAACACACUGCCAGAUUUUAAAUGAUUGUUAAAAACUCUAUACUAAAUAAAGGAAAAGCUUAUACAUUGUUCGAAAUGGUUUCAUAUAUUGGUAUUUUCUGUUAGUUUGCGAACUCUAAUGAGGUCGUAGUUAAUAUUAUACCCAAUUCAAGUUUAGGUAAAGUUUUCGUCCUAAGUGCUUGUUAGGCUACAACUACAAGUCACCAUGCCCAUACUUUCAGUGAAGGGGCCACAAAAGCAAUUUUGGGUUGGACGUAGGUCGGGAAAUGUCAAGUCAUGACAUUCCCUAGUUUCACCUUACUGUUAAACAUAUUUAGGCUAUGAUUUAGGUUAUAGAAGGACCCACAGAGUAUCAUAACUAGAGAGCUCUGAGCUGCGUUUAAUUAUUGCUUUCUUCUUUUUCCUGGAUUCUGAACUAUAGUCGCAUUCAAUUAUUAGGUAAAUAUUUUUUUGUAUUCAUACAUUAUACAUAAUAGUUUCCAGGUCCUCAGAUUCUAGAAAAAAAGAAUUUCUAUCAAAUAAAACUGUUUUUAAUAAAAAUUCUCUAAUAUAACUUGUUCGUAUUGCGUGCCUUGUAAAGAAUUAUUUAUGAAAUUAUAUUUCUAAAUCAAUUAUUUAUUUAGGUUUAUUUCUCAUAUAGAUUUAAUCAUAUUAGACAUUCCAUAUUAUCUUCAAUUAUAUUCUAAAUUUAGUUACCAUAGAAAGGGAAAUUAAUAUUUAGAUAAAAUAUAUGUAUUAUAUUUAUAUGUUGGUAAUCGUUUUGAAUAAAUAUUUGUACCGUCAAUACCCUUUUCGGUAAUUCAUUUCUAAAUGUAAAUAUAUGAGUGUGCUUAAAAUAAUUUACGGUGCAUCGAUUGUCUUAAUACCUACAUAAGUGUACAUAAUUUUUGUAAGUUAUUAUAGUUUAAAGUAAUAUAAUAUCCACCGUUUAUAGUAUUGUCACCUCAUCAUUCAUAAGCUUUUUAUCAGCAGAUCAAUUAGGUAAAUUGUUUGAAUUGUGUAAAAUAAAUUCUAUGUAAUAAAAUACCAAAGCUAAUGGAAGCUUGCAAUAAUCGUUGAAAAUGUGAAUUAGAUUUUUAAGAAUAAUGGCUUCAACCUACGUUUAUGUGUCUAAUAAGAUUGUAUGACAAUAUAAUUUAACCAAAUGUUUAAACCAAAUAUUUGGAAUUGGAAUCAAAUUGUAAUUACAAGUUGUGUAAUCUCAGUAUUGUAAGAGUUGACGAGUAAAACGUGUUUAUUGAAUAAAGAAUUUAUCAA